AUGUUUGGAAGCAACGUUUCUAAAAAAAAGUUUUUUUUUUACAUAGCUACCCUUAGUUGUGGACCACCACUCAUUACUAACCUUAGUUUUUAUUCCUCCUCGGUUUUGCCCACGAAUCCUUUCCUCCGCUCAGAAACACGCCCGCACAUCGUUUCCACUUUUGUUGACGUCCCUAACAGCACGGUCCCACGUCUUUCAACACCUGAACGUGGGUCCCAAUCGAGCCCCAUCCCUGAGCCCCAUCUUUCCCAAUCGAGCCCCAUCCCUCAGCCCUCGCCGCCGCCAGCUCCAAUCCGCUCAGCCGCCGCCAGGUCCAAGCCUCCCGCCGCCAACUACUCGUCGGUCGGCCGCCCUGUCUCUAGGCCAUCUCGACACCAUCUCCUCGGCACUAGGAAGCCUCGGCCCCGCCAUCAGUUCCUCACUGGCAGGCCGCUCUACCGCGUCGCGUCGCCGCCAGGGCACGCUCCUCGUCGUCAACUCCUCCUCACCGCCUCAGUGCGCCCCCACCGCAGAUCGGAGAGUAGCCUGCGCAGAUCGGAGAGCAGGCUUGCCUCCACAGUAGUCGUUGUGCCACAGAUCUGCUCGACGCUCCCUCCUGCCGCCAAGCUCGCACUCACCAUUGUCGUCGAGCCAGACGAGCAGGAGGAGCUUCCCCACGUCGGUCGAUGCGACCCUAGAUUUGGGGGCAGCCGUUGUCGAUUUCACACCAUGCACUCAACAUCCUCCUUCGCCCAAGACUGCUUGCAGCAUGGAUUCACGCAUGUCGCGGGCGAGCGGCUCCUCCGAUGGAGGACAAGGAUGGCCUAGGUAUGGUCCGGUGUCGCUCAUCCGCUGCCCCAAAUGUGAAAGGCCGGAGUCGCUUGUUUGACUCAGAUCGAAAAGGUGGGAGAACGACAAUUUUGGUCGAGAGUUCAUGAAGUGUGAAAGCAAGCCGCAACAAGAUAAGGUUCUUAAAAUAUGCAAUUUUUUCAUGUGGAUGGAUGAUUAUGUCAAGAUGAUUGAAGGGGCAGAGUUGGUGGUGGUUUGAGAGAGAUGAUGCUGUCUAAAAUAUGGGAUGAACAAGCGGAAGAUGUGACUACGAACUGGAACAAAUUUGCUGCCAAAAUGAAGAAGGUGAAUGAUAAUAUGGUCGAGUUGAAGAAGAUGAAUGCCAGCAUGGUCGAGUUGAAGAACAUGUUUAUAGCUUUUUAUGCUUCUAUGAUGUUUAUUGUCUUGCUUUUUCUUGUGAUAAACUCAAAUUGUAAGUGCUAAAUCUGUGAUUAAUGGUGUGAAUUCUGGUGUGAGACAAAUUUAUGUGAAUUCUGUUGUGAGACAAAUUUAUGUGAAUUGUGUGAUGAGAUCUGAA